ACAAAAGCUUCUAAACCAGCGAGCAAACAAAAUGGAACGUGCCAUGGCUAUCCAACUCUUUGCUUACAGUUUUUUCAUAGUGAUUGUUUUGCUCUUUCCGCCGGCAAUGUGUGCGGAGUUUAAUUAUGACCUUUCAAGCCCUAAUGGGCCACUUAACUGGGGAAAUAAUCCCCAGUGGCAGUUGUGUAAAAAUGGAAAAAACCAAUCCCCUAUCAACCUGCAAAAACUUAGUGCUGAUGUAGAGUUUAUCUCGGGGAUUCAAAGGAAUUAUCAACCCGCCAAUGCCACCCUUAUUAGUAGCGAACAUGACAUAAUGGUAAAUUGGACUGAGAAUGCAGGGCAUAUUACAAUUAACGGAACACAAUACCAACUCGCACAAGGUCAUUGGCAUUCUCCCUCUGAACACAGAAUCAACGGCAUAAGGUAUGAUCUAGAGUUACACAUGGUGCAUAUAAGUUCAGCCGGAAGACUUGCAGUGACUGGAGUUCUAUAUAAGUUUGGGAGGCCAGAUGAUGAGUUUAUAUCAAAGAUAGAAGAUGAUUUACAGUUGAUGGCCGAAAACCAGACCAGGACAAGAGCACUAGGUAUUGUUGACCCAGAGGACGUAGCAGGGAUAACAGGCCAGAAGUAUUUUAGAUAUAAUGGUUCUCUCACAGUUCCUCCUUGCAGUGAAGAUGUUCUUUGGACCGUUUUCAUUAAAGAGGGUAGAACAGCUUCAAGGGAACAAAUCAAGUUGCUUCGAGCAGCCGUUAAUGGUGCUGGUGAUGAAACAUUUGAGAAUGCUAGACCGAUACAACCAAGAAACGGUCGCCCGGUGAAACUCUAUAAAGAUCGCGAAGGAAAUUGAAGCACACCGCACACGUUUAAGACAGUUGAUAAUGCAAAAAUCAUGAGCUUAAAAUAAAAAAUUGCUUAGCAACUGCAUCAACAGUAAUAAAAAAUGUCAUGUAUGUUUUCAGCUUUUGUCUAAAUGUCAAGUAUGCUCACAAGAGUAAUGAAUAAAUA